CAUUUGAGACCAACUUCAAUAAAUAUGGCUAAGUUUUUGAACUCUAUCAUUUGUUUCUUUCUCAUUCUUUCAGUUGCAGUGACAAUUACUCAAGUAAAUGCCCAAAAUAGAUGUAUGGUAACAUUGGAUCCAAAGGGAUGUGUUCUUGCUGACUGUCAAAAUAUUUGCUCGCAAAAAUAUAAUGGGAAUGCAGUUUGCACUGGUGGUAAUGCUGGCCCAUUACAUUGCGUCUGUGUUUACAAUUGUAAUUCCAAUUAAACACCCUUUUUAAUGUACCUUUGAUCCA